AUGGGAAAAAAAGUAUGUCAUGAUCUUCUUUCUUCAACAUGGGAAGAAGGAGAUGCAAGAGAUCAACUCUCAACACAAACAUAUGUUGAGAAAAAACUCAAAAUCUUCGGGUUUGAGCUACAACAGACUUCUCUUGACGAAAGUACCCUCAAAACCAACCAUUUAAGGCCAACUGAAGGGGAAGAGAGCGUAAAUUCAUCAUCAACAACGAUUGAAAAGAAUGAUCUUCCUACAGAGGUUAAAAAGUUUGAGUGCCAAUAUUGUUUCAAAGAGUUUGUAAACUCGCAAGCGUUAGGAGGUCACCAGAAUGCACACAAGAAGGAAAGAUUGAAGAAAAAACGGUUGCAAUUACAAGCUAGAAGGGAAAGAAUCAACUACUACCUCCAACCCUAUACCCAUAACAAACAUGGGCUGAAUUUUGAUUUUCAUGGUUAUUAUGAUUCAGAGUUCGAGUCUAAUAUUAGUUUUAGUCAGUAUGAUGAUGAUCUAUUGUCGUUUAGAGAUCCAUGCAAUUUUACUCUUACACAUGUAGAUAGGUCAAGAGGCAACUACAUACCAGUUUCUAUGAAACCAGCUCCUCGAGUUGUUGAAUUAAAACAAAACCAUGCAGAUUUGGAUCUGCAGUUGAGUUUGAGCUCGAACUCCAUCAUGUAA